GGCUCUGCCCACUCAGGAGCCUGAGUAACCCCGAGUGACUGGCUCCGCUUUGUCUUCCAGUGGAGCGAGACCGAGCCCUGGGCCACCAGGAGCCCCACUGGAAGGAGUUCCGCUUUGACCUGACCCAGAUCCCGGCGGGGGAGGCGGUCACAGCCGCGGAGUUCCGGAUUUACAAGGUGCCCAGCACCCGCCCACUCAACAGGACCCUCCACGUCAGCAUGUUCCAGGUGGUCCAGGAGCAGUCCAACAGGGAGUCUGACUUGUUCUUUUUGGAUCUUCAGACGCUCCGAGCUGGGGACGAGGGCUGGCUGGUGCUGGAUGUCACAGCAGCCAGUGACCGCUGGCUGUUGCACCGUAACAAGGAACUGGGACUCCGCCUCUAUGUGGAAACCGAGGAUGGGCACAGCGUGGAUCCUGGCCUGGCCGGUCUGCUGGGGCGACGGGCGCCACGCGCCAGACAGCCUUUCAUGGUCACUUUCUUCAGGGCCACUGAGAGCCCCGCCCGUGCUCCUCGGGCAGUGAGGCCACUGAAGAGGAGGCAGCCGAAAAGAACCAACGAGCUGCCGCACCCCAACAGACUCCCCGGGAUCUUCGAUGAUGUCCACGGCUCCAGCGGCCGGCAGGUUUGCCGUCGGCACGAGCUCUACGUCAGCUUCCAGGACCUCGGCUGGCUGGACUGGGUCAUCGCCCCGCAAGGCUACUCGGCCUAUUACUGCGAGGGGGAGUGCUCCUUCCCACUGGACUCCUGCAUGAACGCCACCAACCACGCCAUCCUGCAGUCCCUGGUGCACCUGAUGAAGCCGGACGCAGUCCCCAAGGCGUGCUGCGCGCCCACCAAGCUGAGCGCCACCUCCGUGCUCUACUAUGACAGCAGCAACAACGUCAUCCUGCGCAAGCACCGAAACAUGGUGGUCAAGGCCUGCGGCUGCCACUGAGGCCCUGCCCACCUGGCCCCCACCUGGCCCUGCUGCAGCCACCCCUUCCCAUCAGUCAGGGCCCACUCCAGAGGCAGGAAACCCUCAGACCUGGCCAGAUCCCAGGCAGG